CUGCUGACGUCACGCGCAGGGAUAGGCUGCGUCACGUGGUACAACUUUCCAAACCUGUGUGUUUCCCGAAAAAAAUAUAGAGAAACAAAAACCUCUUUGAUAGUGGAAAAGUCCUUGGGAUUUCCAUAUAUCUGAUGAAGGUUUACACACCGAACUCAAGACCAAUGUAAGUCUUGCCCAGUGACCGCUUGUGAAAGGUAACCUACUGUAUGCUUAAGGAAGAGCGUAACAAUGGAGAAUGUUGUUUUUCUAAUUUUCUGCUGUUGACGCAGAGUUGAGCAGUAGUGUAUGAUUACCCAAUCAGACAUCUAGUGCUUGAACAGGGAUAACUGCGUUCCCUGGUGGAAAUUCCUUUCAGCAUCGUUUCUGAAACAUGCACCACUACAACGAUGCACCAGCAGGCUCGCUCGCCAGUCUUCACAGCUUGGUUGAGCACAGGGCCGACUCUUUAUACUCCGAACCUUUUCCGCCACCUCCCCUACCAGACCAACCACCAAUAGGCCCUGAGUUUGACCCCAGUGGAAGCGAGGACAACGGGGACUCUGCCAUUGACAUCAAACCUGUCCACCGCUUCAUCCCAGACUCAUGGAAAAACUUGUUCAGGUCCAGCAGUGGAAGCAGCAAGUUGAAGUCGAUGUUGGGAUCAAGCAGCAAAAACACGACCACUGACGGCGUUCGCUGUUCUCCGCCACACUCACCAUCGGUUCCUGGCUCUUACCGCGACCCGUACGGUGGAUCCGGAGGCAGCUAUAACUCCCGUAAAGAGCGUGAAGCAAUGCUUUUAGGAAACCCUGUUGAAUCAAUCGACGGCCGCACUGCGCACACAGCUUUGACUUACAGCGAAAAGGUAGAGGAGUACAACCAGCGUUACGCAUACAUGAAGUCUUGGGCUGGACUUUUACGUAUUCUCGGGUGCGUCGAGCUGCUUUUGGGGGCAGCCAUUUUUGCUUGUGUAUGUGCUUAUAUUCAUAAAGACAAUGAGUGGUAUAACACGUUUGGUUACUCGCAACCUGGUGGCUUUUAUGGAGGAGGUUACGGAGGUUAUGGAGGCUCUUAUGGAAGUGGUUAUGGCAAUGCCAACUACACUGGACCAAAGACACCGUUCAUCUUAGUGGUAGCAGGAUUGGCAUGGAUCGUGACCAUUAUCAUGCUUGUCUUGGGAAUGACCAUGUACUAUCGGACUAUACUUCUAGACUCAAGUUGGUGGCCUUUAACAGAGUUCGUCAUCAACCUUGCUCUUGCGCUUCUGUUUUUGGCAGCCGGCUGUGUAUAUGUGAAUGACACCAUACGAGGCGGACUUUGUUACUAUCCGGUCUUCAAUAAUGGCAUCAACGGCGCUUUCUGCCGCACAGAGGCAGGACAGACAGCUGCGAUAAUCUUCCUGUUUUUCACCAUGAUCGUGUACUUGGUUGGGGCCAUAGUGUGUCUGAAACUGUGGCGGCAUGAGGCAGCUCGGCGACUACGAGAACGAAAUGGCCAGGAGAUGCAGCCAAGAGAUUCUCCCGCUGCGGUACAUUUGGUUGUUGAUGGUUCAAGAGAGCCAGUGUCUGUUUCAGCGCCGGUACAGCAAACACACACUGCCGUCUCCAAUCCCAAAGUUGUGAAAGGACACAUUCCAGCGGGACACACUCCUAAACCUGUGAUCAUGCCGGAUUAUGUUGCUAAAUAUCCAGCUAUUCGAACCGAUGAGCAGCGGGACCAGUAUAAAGCUGUGUUUAAUGACCAGUACUCCGAGUAUAAAGAGCUCCAUGUUGAAGUGCAGGCGAUACUCAAGAAGUUCGAUGAACUGGAUGUCAUGAUGAAGAAUUUACCGCAAAACCCCACCAGCUACACGGAGCGUGACCGCAUCAACAAAAUCCUGCAGGAUUAUCAGAAGAAAAAGAUGGAUCCUUCGUUCCUGGAGAAGAAGGAAAGAUGCGAGUACCUGAAGAACAAGCUUUCCCACAUAAAGCAGAGGAUUCAUGAAUAUGAUAAAGUGAUGGGCUGGAAUGAUGGUUAUGGCUUACACUGAUGCCACUGAAUAGAAACCUGCUGUGACGGUCCUUCAUUUCCAUGGCAGGACGCUGAACAUUCACACCUCCAGCAGUAAUGCAGUGAGGGAUCAAUAGCAUGCAUGCUCAUAAUCUACACGUUGAGCACUGAAGAAUGUUCUUUUCUCUGCUGUAUUUCACUAUAUGCUGUCUACAAGUAUAUGAAUGAGCUUUUUUAAUGAAACGUCGGUGUGUAUUCAUAACUGCUGUUUUUAUACGUUUAUCUGAAUGAUUUUCUGCAUUCUGAUCUGAUUGGAACUACAGCAUGUUGCUUUGCUCUUAUAUUUUCAGUAUUGUAAACGAUGCAUUCAGUUGAGUUGAAUAUGACGUGCAAAUGCUGUAAAGAGUGAAAACGUCAAUGCAUUUCAUGCUAAUUUGUUGGAACUGACUUCAUCUUUUAAUAAAAAAAGAAA